AUGUCUUUGCAACAAUCGCCCUUGGAAAGCCUUCCGAAUGAGCUUCUGGAUCAGAUCAUCACAGAACUCUCGGCUUCCCCUCCUUCUCUGGCCAGGGUGCACAAGCCUCCUUGUAUGCGUAUUACUACAUCUAGAACUAGGGAUCUGAAGAAUCUUGCACGUACCUCCUCCCGAGUCCUGGAGCUGGUGCGACCCCACCUCUUCGCUCACGCAUGCUUCGAUAUCAAAGAUGUAGCGGACUUUGUUUCCUUCAUAACGAGUUUAGAACUUGGUCGAUAUGUAAUAUCGAUUGUGGCCAAGGGCAUGGACUCACCCGAUCAUCGAGAGGAUCCCUAUUGGUGGCGCCCAGUGCUCGAUAGUCUCGAUCCGCUACGGAUCAUCGUGAUUGCACCUCCCCAAUUUCUAGCCGCCAUGCUUGACACACGGAUCAUGGACGGACACAGCUGGGCAUUCGAGGUUCCUUUCCAGGUUCUACAGUUGGAACAGAAUUCGCGGGUCUGCGAGCCUUCUCUACUAUCAGAGACAAAGCAUCCAGCCAGUCUGCUUGAGACUCGGGUAUGGUCUUCCUUUGCCUUCAACGAGUCUUCGUCGCUCAGGGCGUACAAUCACUACGAGUAUUUCAUGUUCCAGGUUCCUUCCCUGUUCAAUAAGUGGGGAACUGUGGCAUCCACACAGCUGUUCUCGGAGAGACUGGAUCUUUCCCGCUUAUUGAAAUCAUUUACGUCGUUCAAAUAUACGGCAGUGUUCCCGUUCUAUAACCAUGUCAAAUUAGUCUUGGAUGCCGUUGAGUUGAUGACAAACCUGCGGUCAUUGAGCAUCCAACUUGCCCCUUCUCCAAAUGAUAAGAUUACGGAGAUGGAACAGAGAGGCUCCAUGGAUCCCAGUGACCCAUGGAUGGAGAUUGCUACCGGGUAUUCACUUAUUGCCCACACUGUCAGGAAGAUGGGAGCUUUAGCUUGUCUCGUGAACUUCCAUACCCCGGAUUACGAGUUUGAUGCUCUGCGUUCAGAACUAUCCACUAUCCUAGGGGAUGUGUUGGACAGCAGCGGAUGGGUACAUGAUGGGAGAGGAACUUGGACAAAAGUAUCAUCGAAUGGCGAUAAUGAUCGGCUGGGUUCUCCUACGACGCCGAUAGAAAUUAGAGUCACCUACACUGCAAGAUCGCCGUCUUUCUCUAGUCCAAGUCCCGACCAGAUAUGGGACGAUUCAUGUAGUUCUACUGGGUGGAUCCUGGCUAAGAGAGGCGAGCUGGGCUCUUAUAACCGCGCACAACAAUUCCCUAAGACGCAAGUUCACUGGAUUUUUAGAUAUCCUCAGCACAAUUUCAGAGGAAUCCUACUCAAUAGACGCGUUGCAGAGCUACGCGUUUUUUCCACCGUCCAGUCCGAUCCACUGAAGAGCAUUAUGUCCAUUAACGCUUAUAUUGAAGGUGCUGAGCCAGCCUCGCCUGUUUUGGCUCAUACUAUGUUGCCGUCUGGCUCAUCAGCAGGGAUCAAACACGAACAAAGUCAACAACACCCUGUGGAACAAAGCUGGAAUCUUUCAGAUGACGUGCAAAAGGGACUUCACAAUGGUCCAGGCAGCGUUUUCAAAAGCGGCAUAGUCAUUGGCUUCUCCAGGCUUAGAGACGCACACAAUGAGACAAGUGAUGAGGACGAGUACAUCGGAACACAACAGAAGAUAACUAACAACCUCAAGCUCCCCCGCCACCUCCUCACAACCUAUCUACAUCAACAUCACCCCAACCAAACAAAAGUCUACAUAAUCCACCCCGUCAACUUCAGCGCCUUCACUCCUCAACGCCUCCUCGCCUCCCUCCUCAACAAUCAACCCUCUCUAUCCCGAACUCAGGCAAUCACCCUCCUUGACUCCGUCCAACUAUUCCCUGUCUACGACUUCAACGCAGCCGCACAAGCCAUACACGAGAUCGCAACUACCAUAUCAACCACACCAUUGACAGAAACACCAGAUCAGCGCCUCAUCAUAAUCACAGGUCUGGACACCCUAGCCGAGGGCGUAAUACGUGCUUCGAACCCCCUUCGGGGAUCUGCAAUGCUCAUGUCUAUAUUACGUACACUAACGCAGAUGACUCGAACGCACGGAUCGAAUCUCUCUGUGAUGCUGGUGAAUACUAGCGGAUUGGGGAAGGUGGCGUCGUCUCAGAGUGGGGUGACGGCGAUUGAUGAUAACGCUAUUGGGGGAAUGUAUGAGGUGGAUGGCGAGGGGAUUCAGUCUGUGUUUCGUGCGCAUAGUGGUGAGAUGUUUCCGAGUCUUUUGAUGAAGACGCUGGAUCAGGGGAUCGAUACGCAUCUGUUGGUGUCGAGUAUUGGAAGGGUUCCGGUUGUGGAGGUUAUUAAGGAUAGAGUGGGUGGGAAUGUUGGGAGGUGGUGUGUUCUGGAGGCCUUAUUCCCCGCUUACUCCACUUGA